UCGCUACGUUCACGGAACUUGAGAAACCAGGAAGUUUACUCUGGUUUUGAUCUUUCCAGCAAACCGACGUUUGUAAAUUUUAAGGAGUCCACGUGUACAUAUCUUUCCAAAUCUAAAGCGAUAAUGUUAUGGAUUCUGAUGUGCUGAAUACUUGCAAGUUGUGUGGCUAAUCUGGCUUUUAACCCAUUCGGUGGACGUUUCCAUGUCAUUUUGUUUCUCGAUUCUUGGUUGACCAUCGCAGGUCAAUCACGAUAUCAACAUCCUACACCAGCAACUCAGAUUCCUCUGCAGCCAUGAGUGAUAUCCAGACGUCUCGCUGUGGCCUGUGGACAGGCCUCUGCUGCACGCUGCUCUGCGUGCUGCUGGUCCUCGACGUCCACGCCCGUCCGGCCAACAUGUCGGCCCUCAAGGACAAACUGCCCAACAGCAAGGAGGAGAACGAGAUCCUGCCGCCCGACCACCUGAACGGGGUGAAGAUGGAGAUGGACGGCCACCUCAACAGGGAGUUCAACAAGGAGGUGUUCCUGGGCAAGGAGAUCGAGGAGUUCGAGGAGGACUCUGAGCCGCGCAGGAACCGCAAGAAGCUCAUCGACAUCUUCCAAAAAGUGGACCGUAACCGUGACAACAGUGUGAGUGCUAGCGAGAUGCAGCGGUGGAUCAUGGAGAAGACGGAGGAGCACUUCCAGGAGGCCGUCCGGGAGAACAAGCUGAGCUUCAGGGCCGUGGACCCCGAUGGAGACGGUCAUGUGACGUGGGAUGAGUACCGCGUCAAAUUCCUGGCCAGCAAAGGAUUCAACGAGAAAGAAGUGGCAGAAAAAGUGAAAAAUAACGAAGAGCUGAAAGUAGAUGAAGAAACCCAGGAGGUUCUGGAGAGUCUUAAGGACCGCUGGUUCCAGGCGGAUAACCCCCCUGCAGACCAGCUCCUGAACGAGGAGGAGUUCCUGUCCUUCCUGCACCCGGAGCACAGCAGGGGCAUGCUCAAGUACAUGGUCAAGGAGAUCGUCAGGGACCUCGAUCAGGAUGGCGACAAGAGGCUGACCCUGUCAGAGUUCAUCUCUCUCCCGAUGGGCACGGUGGAGAACCAGCAGGCCCAGGACAUCGACGAUGAUUGGGUCCGCGAGAGGAAGAAGGAGUUCCAGGAAGUGAUCGACAUCAACCGCGACGGCAUUGUUACCAUGGAGGAGCUGGAGGAGUACAUGGAUCCCAUGAACGAGUACAACGCCCUAAACGAGGCCAAGCAGAUGAUCGCCGUGGCCGACGAGAACAAGAACAACAACCUGGAGAUGGAGGAGAUCCUGAAAUACAGCGAGUACUUCACCGGCAGCAAGCUCAUGGACUACGCACGCAACGUCCACGAGGAGUUCUAGAACAGCCGUCGUCAUGGGAGGAAUUCUAAAACAACCGUCGUCAUGGCUCCCACAUAUCCUGCUUUCUGAUUGGACUGAUCUGUUCUGAUCUGAUCGUGCUAUUGGUCUCUUGCACACGAUGGACAAACCCAGUGGCAUUCUUUGAUCUGUGGAUAAGAUGAAAAAAUGAGAUUUGAAAAACGUGUCUAUUAUUUACAUUUUAUUCUUUUGUUUUGUUUUUUUUUGUCAGAUGCUUGCGAUGCACAUCAGGGGCCAGUAGUAGGAAGCUGGUUCAGGAGUAAACCAGGUGAAGUUAGGAGGACGUAAAUCAUCUAAUAGAAGGAGUCUUCGUUGUCUUAAAAUGAGGACUCCAGGCUCUUCUAUUAGAUGAUUUACCUCUUAACUUCACCUGGUUUACUCCUGAACCAGCUUCUUACUAUACCCCUCAGCUUGCAGUAAUACACUAAUAUACUGUUAAGCAUGUCCUCCUCUAGUCCGCUACUCUAUUGGUCAACAGCCCAUGACCUCGCUGCUGUCCGUGGCUUGCACAAUAUCUGAGCAGCAACAUAUCGUUUUUAGAUGUAUGACCUUUAUUAUGUCUAAGAGUUACAUCAAUUCUUAACGUUUCUUUUGUUUCAGACAUGUGAACGUUGUUUUUUAAUCUUUUACUAGACAUGUCUCACCGUCGAAACAUGUCAGGUAAAAUAUUUUUUUUUAAAGUUUACAUGUCUGAAACAAAAGACGCUUUGAGAAUGAACAUAUAAUUUUUGUACAGGUAUAAAUUCCCUUCAUCUUUAAUUAGUUACAUAGGUACUUUUAAAAAUAAAUCCAAUGAACAAUCUAGAAAUAUAGAAUGCAUACCGGAAUAUAAAAAAGACAUUCACUUGUUAUAUCAUCAGUUGUGCCUAAGUUAACGUUUCAAGUUUGAAUUUGCAUUGCUUUGUAAAGAUGAACUAUUUGAAGGUGUAGCUCAAUAUUAUAAAUUAUGGGAAUUCUAGAUUUAUGUGAAGUGCUGUGAAAUAAUUAUGCCUUUUGACAAAAGAAAAAAAGCUCUUUGCAAACACUUGUGGCCGAGUUGAAACAUAAAUGAAGCAAUAUACUUGCUGAAGAAAAA